AUGAAGGUUCUCGCGGCGGUCAUUUCUGCAGCUGCUACUGCUCAAUCUUUGGAGGACCGAGGCUCGGCCACUGCUUGGACCUCGAUCGAGGCUUCCUACAACAGUCUCUACGACGCAAUUUUGGCUGAAUACUCGACAACCAACAUCCCCGGUGUCAAGAAGGCCAAUCGACUUCGAGACUUUCUCAACAAAGUGGACAAUUUUCCGACCCGAGUUUCCGACUCCUGCGCCAAUUUUGCUGAUCUCGACAGCUGCAGCACGGUCGUAGAUAGCUGCGAGUUCAACCCUGUUGUUGGCAGUCAGAAAACGGUUUUAAGUGCGGCGCGUAAUUACAAGGUUUCCGCCGACAUUCUUUGCCCAGACAUAAACGAAUGGAAAUACAAUAUUCAUCUUUCGGGGAAUGACGACCCAUAUGCCACACCGACAAACGCCGGAGACCGACAAUUUUCAGUCAUCACAUCUCCUGAUUCAGGAUCGAUGGAGAUCAGUCUGACCGACCCAAGCGCAUGGGAUAAGAGGCAAUCAUUCAUGCAACCAUGCACGAUUGGUGAGUGGAAUACGUACUCUCUUGAAGUCAACCAAGUUGACGAAGAUCCAUCCACAUUGCGGUGGGUAUUUAACUUUGACGGCACACAGGCUGCUCAAGGGACUUACGAUCUCAGUGGAGCAUAUUCAAGCGGCGAUCUGAACGCUUUUGUGUUUGAUCUGAUACCGAACUCUGUCCGAAACUUCUCCUACCAAACAUUUGAUGAUAUUUGUCUCUUGAAAAACGAGCAAGUUUUCACUAUCAGAGCCAGAACAUCAUCAAGUGUGUCCCAUGCACAGACGGACGGAACAGUCAACUUCCAAAUUCCAAAGGCCGGCUGCGACACUUGGUUCAACCUUGAUGACCCUAACCAACCAGACGAUCGAGAGCCCGGACAAAUCGAUACUUACGUUAUCGAUGUUUCUUCUCUUCCUGCAAGCUGCCUCGAGAACCUUGGCGAUAUUAGAAUCUGGGAGGAAGACGAUGAUGGAUGGUACCCUGACUGGUUCGAAGUCACUGUUGUCGACAAAACAGCUUGCACAACCACAGUGUACUCAUAUGAGGGCUUGCAAUGGGUCGAUUUUGGCGAGACCUCUUACAGCCAGAACGCUGCUCCAGUCGUCACCCAGUCGUAA